CCUUUAUAAAGUCUCAUGCUUCGCGCCUGUUGCUGGGGAUAAGCUUCUCGUGCUGACAGGUGGCAGAGUGGAAUUGAUCGAUCGGUUGUGCAUUCCAGAAGUCGCGCGCUUUGGACUUUUAAACUGCAGCGAAAUCAUCACUAGCCUCCCUGAAACUUCGAAAGAUUUUUUCGUCUUCAGUUGGAACAACAUGGAUACAGCACCGGUUACUAACGGGAGUGUGAGAAACAGCUCGGUGGACCAGCGCGCGUUCUUCGAGCCUGACGCGCCGCUGCCUCUAGAGCCGGCAGAGCUGCGCGUUCUGAUCCCAGUGAUCCUCGGAGUCCUGUGCGUCCUGGGGCUCGCGGGGAACGUCACUGCCAUGGGCGUCCUGAUCAGCAACGCGCGCAAAGCUAAGCUCUCGCUCAUCAACGCGCUCCUACUCAACCUCCUGCUGGCCGACGGGCUCGUGCUGGCGUUUGUUGUGCCGUCCAAAGCGGCGGUGCUCUCACGCCUCGGCUGGCCGCUGGGUUGGUUCGUGUGCAAGACGGGCGACUGGUUCGUGCAGACGUGCCUGGCAGCCAAGAGCGUGACCCUGGCGGUGAUGUCCGGCGCGUGCCACCGCUACGUCAGCAACCCCAGCCGCGUGGUGAGCGUGCGUCCUGCUCGCCUGGCGCUGCUGCUGCCGCUGCUCUGGGUGCUGUCCGGCUCCUUGGCGCUGCCCGCUGGACUCUACGCAGCACUGGUGGACCGGGAGGGGGCGGCGCGGGCGUGUGUGCGGCGGGUGCCCGUGCGGGCUCGGCACCUCAUGUGGGUGUACACACGCGUCUACCCGCUGCUGGCCUACUGCUGCCCGCUGGCGGUUGCCAUGACGCUCUUCUGCCACGCCUACUGCCAGAGCCGUCGCCGUGGGAGCAAGAGCCACAGCAACCUGCGCGCGCAGGUCAGAUCCCGCAAGCUCACGCUGACACUGCUCGGCCUGGCCCUCGCCAUGGCAACGCUCUGGCUCCCGCACUGGCUCUGGUGGGCGUGGCCGCACGGUGGGCGGGGCCUGUGGCUGGCGGCCGAGCUGCUGCCCCUGGCGUCAUCGCUGGUGGACCCUGCGCUGGUGCUGGCCCUUAGCGACGAGUUCCGCCAAGGUUACCAAUCGCUAUGGAGACGGCUGACUCUGCGCCAGGCCCCGCCUCCAGCCAAGCCGAAGCCCAGCCCCCAUACGCCGACCGCACCCACCUCUCCGAGGCCCCGCCCAGAGACCUCCCUGCCGCCCGCUGAAUUACACACACUCACGGACACACACACAGACACUCUCACGCAGCCCGGGGAGUCACCUGCAGACGUAGUGUUGCCCGAUGUGGAGCAGUUCUGGCACGAGAGGGAGAACACCUCACACACCGACGACAACGACCCCAUACCCUGGGAACACCCACAGCCUGUGAACUAACACACACACACACAGACAACGACCCCAUACCCUGGGAACACCCACAGCCUGUCAACUACCACACACACUGAUACACUACACACAGUGUAGGAUGUUUGUGUUUUCACGACUCAGAGAAAGACAUUGACCAGCAAUUACCUUCAUUAGAGGUUAUUAGCAUCUUAAUGAAUCUCGUAUAUGAAUUCCCUUCGUCAGAUGUGGUUCAUCUUAACUAAUCUUGUUCAGUAGACAUUAACAUCAUCAGUUACAUACACACACACGCAGCCCACCUGCAGUUACACUGUGUCUGUUUGGGCCCCUGGUUCUGUGGGUGGCCCUCUGUAGAAACCUCGAACCCUUUGCUUGUGUGUGUGUGUGUGUGUGCUAUCUGCAGUGGGUUUAAGUAGAAACUUGACCAGUUGGUUGUGUUGGUGUGUAUUGUACUAUUAACUAGCUUGGAGAGUGGUAUGUGUGUGUGUGGUGGAACAUGGUGGUGGAACAGUAGGCGGAAGUGUGUAUUUGUAUAUAUAGGCUAUAGUCUGUGUGUGUUAUUUGUAUAUAUACGCUAUAGUGCAUGUGCAUGUGUGUGUGUAUUUGUAUAUAUAAGCUAGUGUGUGUGUGUGUGUAUUUGUGUAU